AUGACAGGAAAAGAGACAGCGGCUGAGAAACACAACAGUAGAGACCCAACUCUACCUAUUCAUGAGCCUUCGACCGCAGCUCCGUCAGAGUUGGCACCUAAAGCGCACUCUACUGUUCGCCGAGAAAUUGCGGCCUUUCUGGGGGAACUGAUCGGAACGUUCAUGUUCUUGUUCCUUGCUUUCACGGGAACACAAAUUGCACUCAAUGCUGCUGGAACCCAGCAGCUCACCAGCUCCGAGAACCCAGCACCUGAUGUCUCGAAACUCAUUUACAUCGCAUUCGCUUUCGGUAUAUCUCUCGCCAUCAACGUUGCAAUCUUCGCAGACAUCAGUGGAGGAAAGUUUAAUCCUGCGGUAACCACAGCCCUCUUCCUCACUGGAAAGAUCACCUGGCACCGUGCAAUCCAAACGAUCAUCUCUCAGAUGAUUGCUGGCAUGGCAGCUGCUGGCUUCGUGAGUGGUCUGUUGCCAGGCCCACUCAUCAUUGCUACCUCACUCGACCCAUCCAUGUCGGUGACCCGUGGGCUGUUUCUGGAGUGUUUUGUCACUGCUCAACUCGUGCUCACCAUCCUCAUGCUUAAGGGUGGAUCCGCGAAACCCAUGUACAUCGGUUUCUCGCUAUUCAUCGCCGAGAUGUGCAGUGUUUACUUCACAGGUGGCAGUCUUAACCCUGCACGCAGCUUUGGUCCCGCUGUUGUUGUUGGCUUUGACAGCUACCACUGGAUCUACUGGAUCGGACCCCUCUUGGGCGCAGUCCUUGCCAGCGGUGCAUAUGCGCUCAUCAAGUGGGUUCGACAAGAGUCUAUGCAAGAGUAA